UUGUCGGUUUCUGCCCUCUCUCUCUCUCUCUCUCUCUCUCUCUCUGUGCACGGUGUUGCUACAAAUGCAAUAGUAAGGGUUUUAAUUGUCUGAGAUUCAAGACUAGCAGAAGCAGAAUGGAAGACGAGAUCAAGAGCUUCAUCCAUGUAUGGAUUACAGCAAUCAUAUCUCUACUCUACUGUUACUUCAUAACUUCAAAGAUCCCAGGUGGAAAAUUCAGGUUCCUCUCCCUCCUCCCUGUCUUCUACCUCUUCACUGUCCUCCCAUUCAACAUCUCCUCCGUCCAUCUCGGAGGUCCAACAAUCUUCUACCUCACCUGGCUCGCCAAUUUCAAACUCCUGCUCUUCUGCUUAGAUCAAGGCCCUUUAUCUCUCACCUCCAAACCCACUCCAUCUCUUCUCCAAUUCAUCUCCAUUUCUUGUCUCCCAAUCAAAAUCAGACAUUACCCAUCUCUCCGAUCUCCUCUAAAUUCUUCUCCAAAUUUAGAUCCAUCUCAGAUUCUCAAAUCCAAGUAUAACCCAUCUCUCCAAUACCCUAAAUCGCCCCCAGAUCUAGAGAAAACCAAAUCCCAAUCGCCUCUGUCUCUGGUCUGUAAAGCCCUGCUUUUGGCUCUUGUGAUCCGUAUCUAUGAUUAUAGAGCGCAGCUUCAUCCAGUGGUCAUCUUAGUCCUCUACUGCUGCCACAUCUAUCUCGGCUUAGAAAUCUUUCUAGCCAUGGGUGCUGCCCCGGCUCGAGCCCUGCUUCGUCUGGAACUAGAGCCUCAAUUCGAUGAGCCCUACCUCUCUACUUCCCUACAAGACUUUUGGGGUCGAAGGUGGAACCUCAUGGUGACGAGUAUUCUACGCCCUAUCGUAUACAAUCCCAUACGUAGUAUCUCUACAAGUAUUUUUGGGAGGGAGUGGGCCCUACUGCCUGCACUUCUGGGAACGUUCCUGGUGUCAGGUCUAAUGCACGAGUUUAUAUACUUUUAUUUCACGCGUGUGAAUCCUUCGUGGGAGGUGACGUGGUUCUUUGUUCUCCAUGGGAUCUGUACGGCUAUGGAAGUGGCUGUGAAAAAGGCUUUGAUGGGGAGGUAUAAAUUGCAUCGGGCGGUUACGGGUCCUUUAACGAUCGGGUUUGUAGCGCUUACCGGUUAUUGGCUGUUCUUUCCACAACUCACAAGGAAUCAUGUGGACGAUAGAGCGAUAAGCACCAUGGAUAUCAGAGAAUGUAGAAUAUCAGAGAGCGUAGAAGUAGAUGAAGAGGUUGGAGGAAGAGAUACCAACUCAGGGAAGAAGAAAUUGCAGUUUCUACAGGGAAUGUGACUUCUUUUCGUCAAUCGAACCCUCCACCAACUUCAGUCAGUUCCUUCCCUUCUUGGUGUUCUUCAUUACUUGAGUUUGAAGAUUUGCAGAGCAAGGAUUGAAGACCUAGGUUGAAGGUGAUGAAAGUGAAAGAGGGAUUUUCCUCAUUUCUUCGUUUUAAGUGAAGGAUCUUUUGGUCUCUUCACUUAGUUCUGAGGGCAUUUUCGGUAUAAAAAAGGUGACUUCACUAGCUAAAUGUUUCAAACUCACGAACACUAAUGGAUUGGGCUCAAAUGUAAGAAUCUUUCAAAUUACAGGGGAGGGAGACAUAAAUAGUUCAAACCCUUCAACCCACAUGUAAUUUCGGCAAACUACAGGGGAGGAGGCAUUAUUUUCCCUAAAUAUUAAGAUAUGGCAUCGAAAGUCACAAUCAAUCUUGACUACUCCCGGCCCGUUACCUAAAGAAGUCUAUUUAGGUUGAUUUUGAUGUGAUUUUUAUUUCAAUUU